AUGGCCGGCCUGGUUGCUGGCGAGCCGGAGAAGCAGUUCGAGUGGCAUGAGACCUACAGGGACUUUGCCAAGAACAUGUACCGCACCUCCUACAGCGACAUGUCGCGCCACCGCGAGGCCGGAGCUCAAUGCCUAAGCUCUGAGGACUGA